AUGCGAAUCCCGUCCAGGAGGGGAGCGUACUCCUACGUGCUACGUAGUACUGAGGGUACUUCGCAGUGGGCUACAUCCCGAAGAUACGCCCUCUUGGGGCCUUGGGCCAGAGGGGAGCAGUAUCCUCCGUAUUACGACGUGCGAGCCGGGCUGCACGUCGAGACCGAGAAUGGAUUGGCCGCCCGCGGACAGGGCGCUCGUCUGUUUGGAGUCGGGAGUCUGGAGUCUGGAGUCGCCUGGUUUACGGUUACGGAGUAG